AUGGCAAACAAGUGCUCGAUUGAAGAUGCUGUGCAAGGCAAAGGGGUCCAUGUCGACAAUGACAAACGCAUCUGCUGGGAUGAAGAUGCUGACCAGCACCCCCGGAAUUGGAAAUCUGGAACGAAGGCAUAUACCGUCGCUCUGAUAUGCUGGUUGGAGAUGUACAUGACGGCAAUCAGCUCCUCUGGGACGGCUACUGCAGAUGCAGCACGAGAGGAGUAUGGUGUCAGCAGAACGAUGGCCUAUUUCGUCUUUGUCACCAUAUACCUGCUAGGUCAAACCAUAGGUAGCAUCUUCUGCUCACCCAUCUCAGAGGUAUUCGGACGACGAACCAUAUAUAUUCUUGCAGCAACCUUAUUCUGCGUAUCAUCAGUGAUAGUGGCCGCGGUGCCGUCGAUAAUCGGCGUUUAUUUCGGCCGUUUCUUCCAAGGCGUGGCUGCGGCAAUCCCCGCAACCGUCGCCUUUGGCAACUUUGAUGACAUGUACAAUGCUGAGCAUAGGAUCUGGGUCGUCUAUGUGUAUACCAUCCUUGGUAUGCUGGGCCUGGCUCUGGGUCCUAUUUACUCGGCAUACAUCACUUCAAGUAUAGGCUGGCGCUGGGUAUACUACAUCUCUACAAUCGUCAUGGGUGCCACGGCUGUUGCAUGCAUCUUCACGAAGGAGUCCAACGCAAACCAAUUACUCGACAAGAUUUUCAAAGACAUACGUGAAGAAACCGGCAUUGAAGACGCCAAGUCUAGCAAUGAAGAGGGAGAAAAGUUUACACUGGCCACCUUUGCGCAGAAUGCUCUCUUCCGACCCUUGCAGUUCCUUGUCACUGAUCCUCUGGUUUUCUUCUGCGCCGUACUUUGCGCCAUUGCAUUCGGUCUCAUCUACGGCUUGACGGAAUCAUUAACCAUCGUCUACACCGCGCCGCCUUUUAAAUUUUCGCAGAACAGCUCCAGUCUCGCAUUCCUCGCCAUUGCGAUCGGCGAGGUGAUCAACAUCCUACCCCGAAUCUACGACGCACAUAUAUACAAGAAAUACCGCAGAACCCACCGAAGAAUCCUUCCAGAGAGCAAGAUCACGUCGUUCGUAAUCGCCGCACCAUCUCUUGCUAUCGGUUUGUGGCUCUUCGCCUGGACCAUUCCACCACGGGUAACGGACGUUCCUUGGCCUGUCAGCAUGAUUGGCCUGGUGAUGAUCGGAUUCAGUGCCAAUGAUUUUAGUUAUGUGUUGUUCGGAUAUGCUACUGAUAGUUAUGGUGAAUAUGCUGCUAGUGCUGUCAGUGCUAUUAGCUUGACCCGUACGCUGACUGCUGCCGUAUUUCCGCUUUUCACACAUCAGAUGUAUACGGGGCUGGGCAGCAAUGUUGCAACGAGCAUCUUGGCAGCGAUGGCGAGUUUGUUUGCGUUCACGCCAUUCUUAUUCUUGAGGUAUGGAUCAAGAUUGAGGCAUAGAAGCAAGUUUGCAGCGGAUGAUGAGCAGGCUCUGGAGCAGGAGAAUUUCCAUAUGAAGGAUAAGGAGUAG